AAUUAGAAUAAUUAAAAAAAAAAAUUAAAAUAAUUAUAAGUCAUACUUUCUAAUGCCACGCUUUUCUACAAAACUCGCUUUAAACUUCAGAAAUAAAAUUAGUAAAUUACAAAAACAAAUACAAAAAUUUGUUUCGACAUAAUUAUAGCAACAAAAACGUCAGUCGGUGUCAAACAAGCGCCGUUCAACGCAUGGGAAAAUCGUUAAAAUAACAAAAAAGAGCGUAAGACGUGCAGGCAAAACCAAAAGCAAAGUUCAACUGUUAUAUACACACACACAUACAAUAUAUACAUAUGUAUAUAUGUGUACAUCGCAUAAGGAAAUCAGAAAUAUAAUAAGGAAAUAAUUAAGAGAUUAAAAUCAAGCGAAACUGCCUUAAAAUUUGCAACAAACUUUUUAGACAUUUAAUGCUAACUAAGUAAUCGUCGUAGUAUUCUAUUAAAGUACAACAACAACGAGUAGCGAAAUAAUGUUAAUUUCAAGUAUCUAUUUAAACGUGACUAAUUAGAGGAAUUAUGAAAAUAUUUGAGUAUCAAAGCAGCAAAGCAGCAUAAAUAUUUGCGGUUAAACAGUUUCAAAGCAAACAAGUGAUCAAAUAGUAAUUAAAUUCAACUAAAAUUAAAACUAUAAAUAUACGUAAAUACAUACAUACUAUACAUAUGAAUGGUUUUCUAGUAAAAAACGUUAAAAAGGUAAAUAAAAUUAAUAUUUGAGCAAUUCAAUACUCUUAAUGACUGAAACACGAUGCGGGAGCAAAAAUUAUGGCAAAACCGCUUUGAAUAUGAAUGCAGUUUCAAAUGAAAGUGUAUAUAAAAAAAUUAAAAUAAAUGCUAUAAAAUAAACUAAAAUGACAGGAAAAUAAAAUAAAAUAAAAUAAAAUAAAAUAAAAUAAAAUAAAGCAAUUAAAUGAAUUGAAAUAAUGAAAAGUAAACUUUAUUAAAAUAAAGUGAAAAUGGGAUAUUAAUAUAAAUGAGUCCAUAAAUAGUCCGCAAACAAUAAACUUCUACCAAUAAGUGUUAAUAAAAACAAGUUUACAUUUAAAUGGCAUAAACAAAUAUUGCAUAAAUAUGUUGAUUUACAGUUAUAACCAGUGAAAAAGUGAAGCAACAAAUUUUCAAACAAACAUCUUUACAAUUUUAUUCAAGCGCUUUAUGGUUUUUUACGCAGGAAAUCGAGUGUAAAAAUAUGAUGACCCAAAAACACAAUAAAGCAAAUAUAAAUAAUUUAAUUGAAAACUGAAUUUAUUCAGCUAACGAAACAGUUUUUUAACCUACGCACCGCGCAAAACACCGCUCACAUACAAAACUAACAAAUACAACAAUACGCCAAACGAACGCGAGCAAUUUCGCCAGCAGUCAAGCUUAUAAAAUUCAUUGGCUGUGCCUGCGCGUAAACAAUGGCCGAAUAAAGACGACAAAAACACGAGUGAAGCUACAAUAAAAAAAAAAAAAACACACACACACCCACGAGCACACAAAAAUAGCAAAUAGGAUUAAAAGGAAACAUUAAAACCAAUUUCGAAUUGAGCGUAAACAAAAUAACGGAAAGCAAUAAAACGGCCGAAGUCACAAACAGCAGGCAACAGGGAACGCACACCCCCUUCCCCCCUUCACAACGCGGCAUUCCGUAAAAUGCCAAUAGCAACCAAAACCGCCACAAAACAAAACUCGCAACAACAGCAACAAUCAGCCAACAACACCAUGACCAUGCACGAUGACAACACUGCAGCAACGCAUGCCAGCAGCAGCAGCCACAACACGACCACAACAGCAACAGCAACAGCCAAUAAUUCACACGCCGUCGCCGCCACCAACCUCAACAAUAGCAGCGCUGCCAAUUUAAGUGGCGGCAUUUCAUCGCUACCGCCACUACAACCGCCACCACCUCCACCGCCCGCGCUGAGCAGCGGCAACCUGAGCAUACUAAACGGUAGCAUUGGCAUUGCCAGCGCUCACGCUCACGCUCACUCGUCGCAUGCGACGUACGGCCAUGCACCGAGCGCUGUCAUGGCCAGCGCCACCGCCGCCGCCGCCGCUGCCGCCAAUGCGAACAACUACAGCAUGCCUACCUACGCCAAUAUUACCGUUAUUCCCUCGAACAUAGCUGCCGUCGCUGCGUCGAACAUUCAAGCCGCGAAUGCCGUCAAUGCCAAUCCGCCCAUAGCCGUUUUCAUGGGUGGGCUGGCUGGUGGCGCGGUGGCGGCAGCAACGGGCACCGGUAGAGGUGGUGCUGGUGGUGGUGCCAUUGGUGUGGGCAAUACCAAUGACAACAACAACAAUAUGGAUAAUACAAGCGAAGAAUCGAAUGCUGUGACAAUUUACAGGUGCCGGGCCCCAAUAGCGUCACUCGACUGCAUGGAGGAGUUCAGUGGUACGGGAGGUCAUCUUGAUUUCGGCCGUUCGAUAAGUUUGGGUUCGAAUCCGGCACUACCGUUACGCCAUGGCUCCACCCCGACGCCCGGUUUGCGCUACAAGAAUCUUGGCAAGAGCGGCUUGCGCGUCUCCAAUGUCGGCUUGGGCACGUGGCCCGUUUUUUCGCCCGGCGUUAGUGACGAACAAGCCGAAGCCAUAUUGCGUUUGGCCAUCGAGAGUGGCAUUAAUUUGUUCGAUAUCUCUGAGGCGCAUUCGGAGACGGAAAUCGGAAAGAUUUUGCAGCGCACCGGCUGGAAGCGUACAGCAUAUGUGAUUACAACAAAGGUCUACUGGAGCACCAAAUCCGAAGAACGUGGCCUUUCACGCAAGCACAUCAUCGAGUGUGUCAAAGCCAGUUUACAACGUUUGCAAUUGCAAUAUAUAGACAUUGUGAUUAUACACAAGGCGGACGCUAUGUGCCCCAUGGAAGAAGUUGUACGUGCCAUGAACUAUGUCAUUCAGCAGGGUUGGGCUAUGUACUGGGGCACCGCACGUUGGUCACAUGUCGAGAUUAUGGAAGCCUACACUAACUGCCGACAGUUCAAUUGCAUUACACCAAUAGUCGAACAAUCAGAGUACCAUAUGUUUUGUCGCGAGAAGUGCGAGCUCUAUUUGCCAGAAAUGUACAAUAAGAUUGGUGUGGGCCUAAUGGCUUGGGGACCGCUUUCAAUGGCAUUGGCCGAUACGCAAAAUGGCGAAAAACUAUUUCUGCCAAAGGGUUCAUUCAAGACGAAAAGUCAAAGUUAUUCAUGGACAGAGGAUGAAAUUAACCGAAAUGCGGCCUUAUCGCCACAAGGCAGCUGGGGUAAAGAUCGUGUGGACGAGGGGCGUCGGCAUUGUGAUCGCUUGCGCGAUUUGGCAGCACUGGCCGAGAAAUUGGGUUGCAGUCCAACGCAACUCUCAAUUGCUUGGUCACUCAAGCAUGAACCGGUGCAAUGUCUGCUUCUAGGUGCAACUUCGGCGGAACAAUUGCAUCAGAGUUUGCAAUCCUUGCAGUUACUGCCACGCCUCUCAACCAGCGUCUUGAUGGAGUUGGAGCGCAUAUUAGAGAAUAAACCGGUGCGGCCGCCAAUGAUAUCGACACUCGCACUUCGGUGACAAUCAGCCUGCCCUCAGGGGCCGCCUAGCCUCAGUGGCGGCGGCCCUUGUGGGGCAGAGUCACCGAAAAAUGAGGAAGAGGCGUUCUGCGAGGAGGCCGAUGCGAAGGAUGCGUCAAAGCAGGGUUUCUGUGUUAUUCAGUGACAAAAGGGGUCCUUAGAUAACGAUAAUAAAUUUUUGAAAGCGAUUAGUAGUAAAACUAGUUUAAGUAGUACAACAAUGACAACAACAAUAAGUAAACAUGACUUACAACUACAACAGCAACAACAACAACAACAGCAACAA